AUGUUACCUAAAGAGACAAUCAUUGAAGUAAGUUAUAUUGUUUAAAUUGUUAGUAAGCAAAAAUUAUUAUACUUCAGAAAAAGCCUAAUUUAAAUAUUGAAAAGUUCAUGAAAUUGGAUUUUAGUUUACUUUGUUGGUAAACAGUAGUGGUGAAGCUUACUAUUCACUAAUUUGAAGAUGGCUUGAGUAUUACUAUUUUUAACUAAAGGAUAAUAUAUUGGAUCAUACUUUACUCUGGUAGAAGGAAAAGCUAAACUGUAAAGAAUAUAGAUUGAAAAUUAAUAAGUAAUACAAGAAUUAGAACUUUUGACAGAUUAACCAUUCUAUUAUGGUUUAGAUUAUUUAGCAAAUGAUAAGGAAUUUUUUUAGAUCUUGGCUUUGUCUCAUUGUACUCUUACAAUAAUUAAAGAUGUUCGUAUACAAUAGAUAAUAAGUAUAGUAAAUUUUAUUUAAUAAAGAAAAUUAUUAUAGCUUAUGCGAAUAUUAAGUGUUAGAAUCCUUAAGCAAAGUUUACUUUUUAUAAUAAGAACCAUCAGUUCUUAUAUCAAUGUUAAUCCAUGAAUCAUCUCGAAUAAAAUUAUAAAAAGGAUAACCAGUUUAUAAAAUUGGUGACUCUGUAAAAGGAUUCUAUUUAGUACUAGAAGGAGAAAUAUGUAUUAAGAAAUUAGUAGAAUUAUAAACAUAAUCUUAAGAUGAAAUAUCAAAUACAAAAAAGUCUCGAAAGAAAUUAGUCAUACAAAAUAUACUAUCAAAAGAUUAAUAAUUUGGUGAAAUGGAAUUAUUUAUGAAAGUCACUCAUAGAAAUGAAUUAGCAGAAUGUUAUUCUUUAGAAUGUGAUCUUUUAUUUGUACCAACUCAUUCAUUAGUAGAGGCAUAUUAAACAAAAUUAUAAGAUCCUCAUUUCUCAUUAGAAAAAUUAUUUGAGUAAUUUUAAGAAUACAUAAACUUAAAGAAUUCAAAAUAAAAUGAAGCCAUAACUAAAUACAUUCAAGUUAAUAAACCCAGAGUUCCUCCUAAACCUGAAAUGAAACCAACUUAUCCUUUAUUUAUGAAUUUAUAGCCUAUUCAAAGUUUCAAGAAUCCAGCUGAAAAAGUUUAACCACCUCUUUAAAUAAUAAGAACUAGUUCUAUGUACACCUAAUCUUAAUCUCAAACAAAGAAGGUAAAUAAAUAACCUGAAAGUGUUUUUGUUAACUAUUCUUUAGCUAAAUUAAAUAGACAAGAUGGAUUGAUGACUGUAUCUUAAUACAUUGAAAAUAUAAAAUUAUAAUCAACUGGAAAAUCUGGAAUAAGUGCUUAUUAAUAAAAGAAAAAAUUAAAAUAAAAUGCAUUAUCAGUAGUCACAGAAGAUUAAUAAAAAUUAAUAGACUAUGUGAGAUAGUUGACUCCUUUGUAUAUUUCGAAAAAAAGAAAUAGUGUUGGAUUAAGAAAAAGUUUACCUACUUCAAUUUAUUAAUCUGCUGGGAAAUAAAGUUAUAUGAUGUUAAAACCAGAUUUUAGUAAAAUGUGA